GAUCAGUGACCUUAGCACUAUAAAGAGGCAACACACGGAAACGAACCGGUGCCGGUAGCCAUGUUUACUAGGACUGGUUCACAAUUCUGACUUUCUGUUGUUGGGUUUUUCUCAGUUAGUCAUAUUUUGGCGUUGUGGUCAGGAUAAAAAAGGACAAUUGUCCUUUCAUCUGAAGACCCCUUCAAACUGCACACGUAUACUGUUGGAUCUGUUUUCCUACAUUGAUGGUUUGAGCAUGAUUGGAGCUGAGGGAGUCCAGUAGCUAGUCUUCAGUGGACUGCCUAUAGGGCCUAAACGGAGUGGCCCGGUCUACGUGUAUACUAUGACGGACAUCAAUGAAGCAAAGACGUCAGGCACAGGAAAGCUAAACAUGGAUGGUAUACAAGAUCUGACUUUACGGGAGUUGUCCCAGGAGCUCAGCUAUGAGUGGGAGGCCCUGGCGUCGUUCCUUGGGAUGAAAGUGGCCGAGACGUCGGUCCUUAAGAUGGACUUUCCCGGCCAAACAGAGAACCAAGUCUUCAACAUGCUGAUUAGAUGGAGACAAAAACAAGAACCGACUGUGGACCAAGUGGCAGUGCUGAGUGCAGCCUUGAUAAAGGCUAAAAGAACGGAUUUGGCUGUUAAACUUCAAGGUCCUCGAAGUUCCAAUAUAACAAGUCAGCCGCAGGGUGCCGUUGGACAAAAUGUGGAACACACCAGCCACUCGACAAGCGACGAAAAAUCGACAGGCUCCAAACCUCUACCAGAUCAACACUCACUCCUCCCUGGACGUUCUCAUGAAAGCUCCAAUGGACAACAGGAGGUUUCUGGUUUGUCGGAAAAAGGAACUGAUAAAUUGACGGCGAAUACCGUUAACACAGAGCACCGCGAAGCCGCAGAAAACAGACGACCGAAGGAGGCAUAUUGUAGCUGCUCAAAGCAUAAGGGAGAGACAGUGAAAUUCAUGUGCAUUACAUGCCAAGAAGUAAUCUGCUCGCAGUGUGCCGAUAAAGAACACUGCAAACCACGACAUCACUGCCUGAGCUGUGAAACGGCCUCUGAAAAGUACAGGCUGUUGCUGGCGAAUAAAAUACCUGUCCUGGACGAACAGGUCAAGGAGAUCAAGAACUUCUUGAAAGAGGCAUCUCAGGUAAGGACGGAUUUCGAAAAUAAAUUUUUCAAGACUGUGAAGGAAGUGCAAGAAAGAGCUGCCAGUGUGAUCGCGGAGGUGAAAGCCGAGGAGAACCGGCUGAUUGAGGAAGCAAAGAAGCUGGAGCAAAAUCGAAGCAAGACGUUCCACGAUCAGGAGAAGCGAGCGACCGUGCUCCUAGGCACCAGGCAACACGCACUGGAGACGGCCAGCGACGUGGCCAAGGUAGGACCCCACCCCGAGUUCCUCUCGCAGUAUCUGAUGGUCAGCAACGUCAUCGACAUGGUGAACGGCCAGCACUGCCCGAAGGGGGAUCCCAGGCUGUCAUAUCUGAGCUUCACCGCGAGUGCAGUGGACGGUGUCGGAAUAAGUCUGGGUCGGCUGGAGCUGGGAGGCCGGUGGGUGAUGCGGCGCGAAUUCGGCAGCAAGGGGAGUGGGCCGGGAGAGUUCCAGUUAGCCAAGGGAAUCGCCGCUCGUCAAGCCGGUGAGAUCGAGGUCGCGGAUUACAUCAACAAACGAGUUGUGGUACUCAGCACUGAGGGCGAGGUUUUGAGGACGAUUCCCACCCAAGGAGUUCCCCGCGACAUCGCAGCUCUUCGCACUCAUCUUGCGGUCGUAGACGACGCCAACCACGUGCAGCUGUACGGAAGGUACAACUUUAUGACGGCCUCCGUGGUCGGCAAGAAGCGUUGCGACUUCCGCAGCGUGGCGGUGAAGACGGAUGGUACCGUGGUAGUGGGUGACGUCAACAGGAGCAUCCUCACGGAGCACUUCCGCAACGACGGCGCCCCCAAGCGCACCGUCUCGCUCAAGAUCAAGCCGUACUUUAUCGCCGUGGACGUGGGCACCCACAGUCCUGCUGCUCAACGUGAGAGGGUUGUGGUCAGCAGCGGUUUUCAGAAGGAGGUUCACGUGGUGGAUAGCUGCAGCGAGGCUGUGCUCGCCGUCAUCAAGCCGCAGAUCGACGGCCAGCCUGUGUACCAGUGCACAGGCGUGUGCUGCGACAGCGGGGGGAUCUUUGUGGCAGUGUCCGGCGACGAGCGGGACCAGGGACACGUGCACCAGUAUGAUGCAGACGGUGCAUUCCGCGCGUGUAUCGCCCAGGGUUUGCACAGCCCACAGGGGAUCACCUUCACUGCUGACGGGCACCAGUUGGCUGUGGCCGACACCUACUCGGUGAAAAUUUUCCAUAAAGUCUGAUGCCACAGCAUUCCGAGGGCGGACUUAAGGAUGGUCGGGAUGGCUAAUCGCCACUAUCUAAACCGAUUUGUGUUAAGGGCCUGUCACAUUAUAUGCGAUCUCAUAGGAGA